GCAGAGCAUCUCUCUCUCUCUGUCUUUCUCUCGGUCUUUCUCUCUCUCCCCCUCCCUCUGUGUAUAUAACAGCAUCUCCAUGCUUUCACACACCACUCAGUUCAGUUCUGCAGAGGGGAUGGACACAGAGCGCAGGAGUCUACCACCAAAUAGGAAAUCAGUGUGACUGAGAGACAUAAAACAACUCUUCCUUUCAUCUGUUUCCAUCUCCACAUGGCUGUUGCUCUUUUCUCCUUUCCCUCCUCUUUGAGCUCCUCUCGUUUUCUUGGACGAUAGCUGCAUCCAUGCAGAAUGGGUUGUGGCAAUUCCUCAGCCGCCAGCACGUCUGGAGGGGGACCUGCAGAAACUUCCAAAGAUUUGACAGAAGAACCCUCACCAGACGAUGAGAAAAGAAGGAACUAUGGCGGGGUGUAUGUUGGUCUGCCAUCUGACAUGACCACUGUGGCAGCCAGCCAGUCCAAGUCCACAGGAAAAGACUAAAAUAUAUAGAAGGGAAUCAUUGACAUACAACACAGGACUGUAGAUACAUUAUUCAAAACAUACAGGGACAUUCAAUUCACAUGUUGAGAGGAGGAGUGUGCUCGGAUUACUGAUUCCCCAACACAAUACAGCCUUCGUAAGAGUGAGAGACCGUUCCCUGGCCCGGACCAUAAGGUCAGCCUACUUCUGUCCUGAGGAAACUGUGUCAGUGUGGCACCGAGUGGAGGCUCCAUGGACACCUUUUUCUGAGGAUUCUUUGCCCUUAUUGACACUCACAUAGAUGUGGACAGCAGAACCAGAGCAGUCGGUGGCCGUGGGGAGAACGUGAGCAUUUGGACCAACCUCCAGGACUAUAGGGCAAUGUUCUGGAGCAGCUUCUUGGGCUCAGGAAGAGACGUGAGACAAACACAGCCACCCUGAGACUCCUCCUCGACAGGCUCUGCCAGCGGCUGACAGGGACAAGAAUUCGACCCUAGCAUUUUAUCCACGCCAGCCCACAUCACUGCAAGCACUGCCAACUCACCCCCAGUUACAGUUGGUGGCACCAGCCCAUGAUUUGGUAGGGCCUAGAUCAUGAGUAAUCAUCUCAAAAAGUAAUUCAUAGUGGUUUAUUAAGAAGUGUAAUAAGUUGUUUCAUCUAACGCAUCCAAGCAGGAAUGCAUGACUCAAGAUAUUUUGUGCAACAUAAUCCAGUGAUUGUCAUUCAUUUUGUUAGACUAUAGUUGCUAUACUCCACUGUCAAAAUAGGACUCCAGUGCCUCCCGAGUGAUCCAUCAUGUAUGAUAUUCCUGGGUAUGUAAACUUAAAUUAUUUUUGUAUGUUCUCUAUAUUUAUGUAGUUGAAAAUGUAUCAAUUGACCAAUUCGGCACAUUUGGGCAGACUUGAUACAAAAUACUGUGCAGUAUUGCAAUGCUUCAUUGGCUCAAUCUGAA